AUGUCACAAAAGAAGUCUAGGAUUAGUUGGAAGGUAGAAGCUAUUGAAAAAGCUUUUUUGGAAGCAUGUUUGGAAGAAAUUACAGUUAAUGGCAGGGAAGGGGGUAGUUUGAAAGCACUUUCUUGGAGGAUUAUAGCAGAAAAAUUAGCAAAAGAACAUAAUUUCUUUGUGGACCAAAAGCAAAUGAAGAAUCGCUACGAUUACUUAAAGUCAAAGUUUUCAGCUUGGUUGAAGUUAAAAAACAAAACCGGGAAUGUUUAUAAUCUCGUAACCAACACCUUUAAUCUUUCAGAAGAAGAAUGGCAACUAGAAAUGAAGGAAAUUAGGAGAUGUGAGGAUGAGGUUGUGGAUCAUAUUUUUUCAAAUGCCCUUUUACCUAUCAGAUUUGGUCAUUGUUUAUCCCCUGGUGUGGUAUAA